AUGUCUCAACAAGUCAAAUCUCUCGUUGUCAUUUCCCAAGAAGUACUGUCGAAGCAUUUUGAAGGCCUACUCGAUGUCGGAACGGUACCAUACUACUUAUUGAAAGAACCAUUGAAAAAAGCGACACCCCAGCAACUAUACCGUAUCGAACGAGCAAAUCCUCACCUUUUGCCAGAAUCAGAUGAAUUAUGGUUGAGUCAUUGUUUAUGCUACAAAGAUAUACGUGAUGCUUAUUUCAGCGGACAGCACCAGGAUCCCCGACUGUGGCGACAGUUAUACUUGCAACGCUUUGAAGAGAAUGAACGACGAAGGCAACGGGUGAGCGAAAAAAUUAAAAAUCAGUACAACAAGAUCCAGCAUGAAAAGGAAGCAAGAUCCAUCAAAGUGCUUCGAGGUAUUGCUCCCAUACGAACUGGACGAUCUUACGACGCAGCAAAAAGAUCAAGAUCCAGCCGAUUAUUCCAAGAAACGAAGAAAGCUGCGGAUAAAGUGCAUGCCAUUUAUCACUGUAGACAACCACAUGCGGCAUCCCCCACGCCAAAGAUUAUUCGACCUUCCACCCUUAUUCACAGUUCCAAACCGCCAUCCGCGCUCGACAAAGCUUAUCGAUCCAAUCGUGCACUGUAUGAAGCCCCGCCAAAACGACGUCCCUCAUCGCCAUUGAUUCCGCCACCCUCCAAACUCGACCUACCCGCUCUCCCUUCCCCGCAUCAACGCACACUACCGAAAAAGACCGACAUUUUCAUGCCGCGAAAACCCGCCUCAUCUCCUUCUUUCAAAUCCAAAUCCCUCUCUUGUAAAAGCUUACCAUCGUCUCCUCGUUCCAAAUUGUAUAAAUUACCCUGA